AUGCGGAGCCUGUCUGCAAUCGAACCCCGACAUGAUCCGAGACGUACAACGAACGCCAGUCACGAACCUUCAAGCUCAAGUUUGGGUCGCUCUGCGUCAGCAACGACAACGCCAGCUAGAAGCCAGCUACUUCACGUGUAUUCAGCGGACACGCCAUCACGAACCAUUUUACAAGGUUCCUUACGAGCAACCGAUGACGCUCCUGCAACCCCGACUCCAGCCCCCAAAUACCUCAGCGACAAGAGUAGAGGCAAGCGCAAGGCGGAUGACAUCGACACCACACCUCCCGAGCUGAAGAAAGAGGGCCAACGCGCUACCUUUGUCAUCCCUUCGGAGACCCGAAGUCAACGGAUCUCUAACUCGUCGCACGCCCCAUCUUCGUACCAUCGUAAACGCGCAAGGAUUUCGUCCGUGUCGCCUUUCGCUACCCCUGCUCACUCUCGUCCGCCGUCAAUUCAGGAACAGACAGCGAGCAACGGUCAUCAACUCGCUUGGCCGAGUAAUACGACCUCGGGGCGUGGUGCCCCUCCUCGCACACCUUCGCGUGGUGCAUCCGUUCGUUCACAAAACCCAAGUCAACAACCAUCACCCUACAGGAAAUCUCACGAUCGUCGUCAGUCCAUGUCACAGACGUCCAUCCCUAUAAGCGCCCUCGUCUCGCCUCAUGCGCCGUCCGUCUCCACGUCAACCAAAUUUCACAUGCGGGAUCCAAGAAGACCGCCAAAGAAACUUAAGGAUACGGAGUGGAGCUUGCGGUUUGCAACGCGUGAUGAACCUGGUUCACCUUCGCAGGCGUGGUUAUUCUUCAUGGGCUUCAUUUUAUUCCCACUGUGGUGGAUUGCUGCGUUCUCCAUACCCAUCCCAAAAACCAGAACUGUUGGGGAUGCUAGCUUGGAAAAGGCAGUCACCGUUAUUGAUGAUCCUCAGAUAGAGCACGACGCGAAGUCCUGGCGCCUUCGAUGCCGCGUGAUGGCAGUUGUCUCCGCGUUCACAUACAUACCGUUUAUUGCUCUCGUUGCCAUCUUCGUGCGAAGAUAA